CUCUUUUCUGCCUUAAGAGCCGCCCGCCUGCUCGACGUCGCUCCUUUGCCUUUCCUUCCGCACCGACCCUUUCCCUAUACAAAAAUGUUCGUCAAAUCGGCGCUCCUUGCCAUAGUCUCCGGCGCGCUGUUCGUCGCCGCACAGACCCCCGCAUACACGGGCCAACUCCUCCUCCAACCCGGCAACUCGGCUGCCAAAUGCCUCAAAGUCAACAACGCCAACGGCGAACCCGUCGUCGUCCAGGCCUGCACGGGAAACUCGAACCAGCUCUGGACGUUCGAGGACGGGCAGGUCAAGAUCUUCGGGAACAAGUGCCUCGACGUCACCGACGGGAAGAACGUCGACGGGGUCAAGCUCCAGAUCUGGGACUGCGACGCGAGCAACCCGAACCAACAGUUCUGGUACACGGCCUACGGCGAUAAUCAUUUGGCCUGGACCAACCACGGCAAAUGCCUAGAUCUGACCGGCGGCAGCCUCUCCAACGGCAACCAGGUCCAGCUUUGGACCUGCAGCGGCAAUAACCCCAACCAGAUCUGGGACGUCGGAUACAUGGCCAGCAAACUCCCGACCACGUCCGAGAGCGGCCAAACCGGCGUGAACGCGUGCGGCACCGGCUCCUCCCAAUCCAGUAAAUGCCAAACGGCGUGGAUCAACGACGCCGACGACUUCUGCCUCUGGGCUCCGCCUACCGCCGGCGGCACCAUCGGCGACACGGAGCAGCAGGAGGUUGCGUGGUGCACCAAGUCCGGCCGCGGCACGCGCGUCAUCCCCAACGGCGCGCUCAAGGGCGUCCACUUCGUGCGCACGCCGGAUUAUGUCCAGGUCACCGGCGUGGGCGACUUUACCAAGAUCAACGUCAAGAAGGGCGACGCUGGGGGCGAGCUCGACCCUCACGGCGCCGACUCGCGCGGUAACCCCAUCGGCGGACUGGUGUACGGCGAUACUUUUGGUGCUAACCUGCAGUACCACGAGUGGACGAGCUUCAUCUCCGACACCGAGUUCUGUUUCCGUGCCUGCGUCGGCCCCAACGCGCGCGAAAACUGCCAACACAUCUACGACGAAAUGGGCUGCUACUGGAACAUGCCCGCCAACUACGACGCCGGCGUGUUCGAGUCCUGCAAGGCCGACGACGACCUGCCGAUGGGCGUGUACGGCACCUCGACCUGGCACCAGGGCACCUCGCCCACGCCCGCCGCCCACCCCGCCGCCAAAUCGAGCGACUGCACCGCGUUCCCCAGCAUCACCGUCGCGCCCGUCAAGCGCGGCGAACCGACGCCCGCGCCGGUCGUCAAGUACGCGAGGGAGCUUUGAAUCCAAGGUCGUACGUACGUGCCGGUGGAUUUCAUCAUAGUUACGACUCUCUGUUCUCUCUUUCCCGCCUCAUUAUGGACGAUCCACGGACUUUCAGGACUCAUCGGCACCGAUUAAUACAUAGUCAAUAACGCUUGAUAUCCUAAUACACUUGGCCGCGCUCCGCUAUGGACGAACUUUACGGUCGAAAAAACAAACUGCAGUACCGCGCUCUCCGCAACGCGAUCGUCUCUCUCGGGUAUCGUACGAACGGAUCUAUAUGAUAUCGCGUGCAAAAAAGGGGUUGUGAUCGGGUUUCUCUGCCUUCGUUCUUGAACCUGCACCAAGCACCGCGCCGACGCACGUAUUCGUUCUGUUCAUAACCGCGCCAAAAAGAAAAAAAGGGAGCCGGAAAGUCGUCCCCAACUUGGGUCGAUACACCAUCUCCUUUUCGUCCUUGAUGGCCUUAUACUUUACCUUGCACAGACAGCAAGCGUCGGUUUAUCGCGUCCGGUGAUGAACGUUCUCGUCAAACGUCGUGAACAAGGGUAUACGCGUACAUACAUCAUGUCCAAAAAGCACUGUCCGUCUGCGUCGUUACAUCAUAAAGUAGAAGCGAAAUGGCCAUCGUUCGUCAGACCGCGCCCGCCCCCCCGCCGCUCACAUCACGUUGCAGCCACCACACAACAAAUCCCUCGCGCCGCCCUUCGCGCCCGAUCCCGAUCCCGAUCCUUUACCCGCACCGCUCUUCUCCGUACCGCCUCCCGAGCUCGUCGCCGGUCUGUCGUUCACGAUCGCGGAGAUUCCAUCGUUCAAAGUGUUUCGAUUUGUUCACAAUUUCGCGCGGGCGAGACGAGGGUCGUAUCGUACAUUAAUCAAUCCGAUUGUUCGUUCGAGGAUGUCCAAAACAAAAGAGAGUCCGAGUAUCAACGUUCGUCGUUCGUCGGUGCGUAUCACAAGAACACCGUUGCGUCAUCCAGAAAACGUCCCCCCUUCCAAAAGAAUGAGGGUGCUUACUCGAGCGAGCGCUGGGCGAGGCCGAGGCGGGGCGCGCCCGAGGUCUGGUCGAACACGGCGUAGACGCGCUUCAGGAAGACGUCACCGAGAAUAUCCUGCGGGUUCUGGCCGCGCGACUGGAUCGCGCCGAAGCUCAUGCCGUUACCCGCGUCGGCGAACACAAGGUCCGAGCCAGGGAUGGAGAACAUGUUGUCGCCGGCCGCGAACGAGAUCGUAGACGGCAGGGUGGCGUCCGUCGGGAACACGUAUCCGCCCUGGGUGUUGUCGAGCUUGGCGCCCUCGAUCGAAUCGUAGAUCGCCUCGGUCGCCUCGUCCGAAAUGAGGAUGAGGGUGGUACCGGUAUCCGCGAUCGCCGUGUUCCCGCGCCCGCGGCUGACGCUCUUCCCGUCGAUCUCGAGCGUCGGCGAGCUAAACUCCCAAAAGCCGUUCGACGAGUCCACGUCGACGUACGUGACCUCUCCCUGCGCGCCGCUCUCGCUCGCGUCGGCGAUGUACCCAAAGGUGUAAAAGCCCGACGAGUCGCCCUUGUCGAGCUUGGCGGUGAAGACGGGCUGGGGGAUGAGGCCCUCGGAGAUCAUGUUCUCGACCGGGGUGGCGACCGCGCUCGGGCGGACGGUGUUGAUGGUCGGGAAGGCGAGGCCGAGCAGGCCGUCCGAACCUUCGCCCUACACACGUUGGUCAGCAUCAGGGAGUUCAAGCCAGGAACGGAGGGACGGGGGGUGUUUUUUUCGAAUAGAAAAAUUUACCUGCUCGAAGGCGGAGGAGAGCUUGGAGGCGGCUUCGACGGCCUGGUUGGGGAUGGAGACGUCGCCGAGGCGGACGACGUCGGUGUAGACCUGGCCCGAGGCGGACGAACCGUCCCCGUACGAGAUCUGCCAGGUCGACCCCGAGACCUUCUUCGACGUCGACGACUUGGUCGGGUCGUAGAUGGUGUGGCCGGACGUGGAGGCGCCGUGGAAGAGGGUGGACCAGACCCAGAGGUCGGACGAGCCCGUGUCAAAGUCGAGCUUGAGGGUGACGCCGGGGGUGCCGAUGGUGACGGGGACGACGUACUCGAGGUCGUUCUGGACGUCGUCGGCGGGCACCUCGGCGUCGCCGCUGGACGUGCCCGUGGUGGGGUCGCCCGUGCCGGUGGAGGGCGCGGUGGAGCCGUCGCCCGAGGUGGGGUGGUGGUGAUGCGAGUGGCGCUUCUUGCGAAGGACGGUGUCUUGGACGUAGAAGGAGGUCAGACGGGUGGGCUUGAUGUGCCACUUGCGGACGGAGCGGGCGUAGUCCAUGGGCCCGUUCGGCGCCCAGCGGGGGUUGCGGGUGAGCCCGAGGGUAAGACGGCCGGCAGACAUGGUGUCGUGACAGUAGAUACUGGUCGUUACUGGCCCCGCGUGCUUAUAUUCGCAAGGGGGGCACUGCACAUCCAACUGAGAAGGAGGGAGAAGGGCGCGACGUCAUCAGAUGACGAGCGAGCGUGCACAUAUCGGGGUCGUUGGUCGUUGCUGUUCGCGCCGGGGGAGCACAACCCCCGAGGGUUCGGCCCCGGUGUCGUCCCCCCCUUCUCAUCCCUUCUCGCGCAGAGUCACGCCGGUCGUUACCGUCACGACGCUAUGUAUACCACCACUGGCACCAUCGCGACGGCAAUGGGAGCCCCAACGUCGUCCUUCUUGCUUUCUCCGCUCAGCGUGUUUCCGGCCGCCUGUCGCGUGAACGGCCAAGGGUAGAUAGACCCAUAAGAAGACGGAUAUGGCUCCAAGGAUGAACGCAUCACCGCGAAGGCGGGGUGUAGCACGCGUUCGCGUGGGCACGGAAACAGCUGGCAGGGCAGGAGGCGUCAGAGAU